CUGCUGCAGCUCCUAUCCAAAACAUCUAUCUAUAGUACGGAACACGAGAGAGAGAGAAAGAUGUUUAACUCGGUGAAUCUGGGCAACUUCUGCUCCCAGACGCGCAAAGACCGGACAUCCGAGUUUGGGGACAGGACGGGCUGUGCGUCCAAUAUCUACCUCCCCAGCUGCACCUACUACGUCCCCGAGUUUUCUGCCGUCUCGUCGUUUCUUCCACAGGCCCCGUCCAGACAAAUCAGCUACCCCUAUUCCACAAAUCUGUCUCAAGUGCAGCCGGUACGGGAAGUUUCAUACGGCUUGGACCCUGCUAGUAAAUGGCACCACAGAAGCAACUAUGCGUCGUGCUACUCGGGAGAGGAUCUGGUGCAUAGGGACUGUCUUCCACCAUCCACCAUGACAGAAAUGCUUAUGAAGAACGAGAGUGUGUACAGCCACCACCAUCACCAUCAUACCCAUCCGGGCUCCAAUCAUCCCUCCACAGGUUUUUAUUCCGGCGUGGGGAAAAACAGCGUCCUCCCGCAAGGUUUCGAUCGCUUUUUUGAGACGGCAUAUUGCAGCAGCACGGACAAUCAGUCAGACAAUUGUUUACAAAAGGGCGAAGGGGGGAAGCUAGAAAGCGACUCCCCACAGCAGCAGCAACAGCAGCAGCAGCCCACAGCCUCUGUACCCGGAGCCGCGGAGCAGGAAAAAGACCCAGAAGAUGAGGAGGAACACACAAAUUCAGGCUCAUGUACGUCUUCCUCUGCAACAACCAAGGACGGCAACGCCAGCAAGAGCAACCACUCGAGCGCUCCUCGAACAAGAAAGAAGCGGUGUCCAUAUUCCAAGUUUCAGAUUCGAGAACUGGAGCGGGAAUUCUUCUUUAACGUUUACAUCAACAAAGAGAAAAGGCUUCAACUUUCCCGAAUGUUAAACCUCACCGACCGGCAGGUUAAAAUUUGGUUUCAGAAUAGAAGAAUGAAAGAGAAGAAGCUGAGCAGAGAUCGCCUCCAGUACUUCUCUGGAAAUCCCCUGUUGUGAGCAGGAGCAGAGUGUCACAGUCUUGGACAGUGGCAUUUAGGUCCCCCUAUUAUCUCAUUGUGUUGUCACUGUGGGCAUAACCAUUUUCUAAGGAAGCCCACAUCACCAACAGUGCAAUGUUAAAGUGGACAGUGGCAGAAAUAGGCCCGCAUGGGAUAAAUCGCCAUUUUCUUAUUGCCCUACGGGCGGCGUUGAAUUUCUAGCUGUCCUCAGAAAAAAAGGCCUACACGAUUAGAAUAAUCAUUUAUAUGCUGUUCUUGAAUAUGUCCCUCUAUUUAUCACGAUUCUUCAUUGUGUUUAUUCUAUUGUUCACGUAUUUGUUAAAAUAUCAAAUAUAACAAGUAUUUUGAAUCCUUAUUGCGCAGACAACUUUUAGCUCUUGUCCCUAGCUCUGGUCUAUGUAUAUAGCUUAUCAUUAUCUAAUUUCUCUACCGGAGUACGAACAAAUUAUAGGAAAUCUUCAAGCUGCAUCUUUUGCCAUUGAGAACUGUGACGUCCAAUCUGUGAAAAAGUAUAUCCCCGUGUACAGAGUAGCCUAUGCAAUGUGCUAUCAUGACUGUAAAUAACCCUAUGUUGAAUUUCCUUUCCCCUAUUCCUGCUGCUAUUUUUUCAGUACAGUGCCCAUUCAUCUUUAACAGCUUUAAAGCCAACUCUUGUUAAAUUAUUUGCUUAAAAACAUUGCUGCUUUCGAUUCCAGACAGGGGGAACAGAUUGUCGG